AUGACAUUUAUAGAUAAUCGGAUGCUGCAUAAUCAUACCUUGUUCGUCAAAGACUUAAACGUCAGCACGGAGAGAAACGAACCAGAAUGUUCCAAUCAGUUGCCGUCAACAGAAGCCAUGCUGAAAAAUAUUGGCAACUUGGACAUUAUUUUGGGUGGCACGUGUCUGGUGAUGACAUUUCUGGUACUAAUGCUUUACGUUGAGGAGGUGGUGAUGCUGAAAUUGACUUACGUUGACAAAGAAGAACGCUUAAAAGUGAUGUGCUUGCUCGGCAUUUACCCGGUUUUCUCUUUGUGUGCAAUGUGCGGACUGGUUGUCCCUCGAUCUUUGCCGAUGACAGAAUUCCUGUCCACAUUUUAUUUGUCGAUGGCGAUGUUUAUAUUUCAAAGAAUGAUCGUCCUAUUUAUCGCCGGUGAAAGUAACCUGGUUCGUGUCUUUAACGGCACCCAUCUACCGCUUGCCGUGCCGCCACUAUGUUGCAUUUGUCCAUGCAUUUGGAAAAGGAUUCAAGUUAAAGUCUCAAUUAAAAGCAUUAUCGCUGUUCGGCUAUUUGUCCUGCAGGGGGCCCUGAUACGACCGAUUCUGUCGUUCUGUUACGGCAUCUACUUUCUAAACGCAGAUUAUCAAACUUCGAACAAGUCAGUGGUGAGAACUAUAAACAUUCUAAAGAGUUUUUCAAUGAUGUUAGCCAUGUUUGGACUUCAGAUUAUAUAUCGACUCACCCGUAGCCAUCUACAAAAAGAUCUUGGACAAAAACGCAUCCUUGGUAAAUUCGUCUGUUUCCAGAUGGUUAUUUUAUUCGGCAUCCUCCAGCCAAGCAUCUUCAACCUUCUUGAAUCGAAACAUAUCCCAAGAUGUAACCCUCCUUACGGUUCUCGUGUGCUCAGCCUUCGUUACAACAAUAUGGUCCAGAUCUUUGAGAUGUUCUUUAUCUCGUUAGUGGCUCGGUACAUCUAUCAUCUACAAAAACCAGAAACACCGCAGUCGGAACAAUGCGAAGAAAAUGUUCAAAACAACAUGAGAGCGAAAUGUUACGCCGCUGACAAUCCAAUAUUGACCGUUUCUACAGAUGCUUUACCGCAGGAAGAAGAAACAAGAGAAUCUUGA